CAGAAACCUUACAAGUUUUCUAAGCAACGAUGGCAAGGAUUUCAAUCCCAUUAGUAGGCCUCAUGUUCUUAUGCCUAUGGGUAGGCAUUGCACAAUCAGAAUACAUGAAGUACAAAGACCCAAAACAACUGAUUGGUGCUCGGAUUUGGGACCUCAUGAAUCGAAUGACACUUGAAGAAAAGAUUGGUCAGAUGGCUCAGCUGGAUCGGGUGGCUGCAACGGCUGAUGUGCUAAGGGAUUACUCAAUUGGCAGUGUUCUAAGUGGAGGAGGAAGUGUGCCACUUCCCCAUGCCACCGCAGAGGACUGGGUUAACAUGGUGAAUGAGUUUCAGAAUGCCUCUUUGUCUAGCAGACUUGGGAUCCCUAUGAUUUAUGGGAUUGAUGCUGUUCAUGGCCACAACAAUGUGUACAAGGCAACUAUCUUUCCCCACAAUGUUGGCCUUGGAGCAACCAGGGACCCAGAGCUUGUGAAGAGGAUUGGUGGUGCAACAGCACUUGAAGUUAGAGCUACAGGGAUUCCUUAUGUUUUUGCUCCAUGCAUCGCAGUAUGCAGAGAUCCAAGAUGGGGUCGAUGCUAUGAAAGUUACAGUGAGGAUCCCAAAGUUGUGCAACAAAUGACAGAAAUCAUCUCUGGUUUACAAGGAGAAAUUCCUGCUAACUCAAGGAAGGGUGUUCCUUAUCUUGGUGGAAAGGACAAGGUUAUAGCAUGUGCAAAACACUUUGUGGGAGAUGGUGGCACCACCAAUGGAAUCAAUGAGAACAAUACAGUGACUGAUUGGCAUGGAUUGCUGAGCACACACAUGCCUGGGUACUACAACUCGAUCAUCAAGGGUGUCUCAACCGUCAUGGUCUCUUACUCAAGUUGGAAUGGUGUGAAGAUGCAUGCUAAUCACGAUCUUAUCACUAAGUUCCUCAAAGNUUGCUGA